GAAAACUGGAUUAAAACACUGGGAUAAUAUGGAUGGGAAUCAAAUCCUUUAUAGUGAUGGAUCAUUGGGCUGGUGUCAUAACCAUAAACAGUGCUCAAAGUGCCUGGAGCCCUGCAAAGAUUCCUGGAAGAUGAAGAGGAAAAACAGCUGCAGAGAGCUCUGUGAGCGGGUGUUUCCCAGGAAGCACUGGGAGUGUGUGACAAGCUGCGAGUUCCUAAAGUCGGUCCUAGCAGAGAAGCAGGGCAGCUGUCCACCUCCAGAGAAAGCCAGCGGUUUCGCGGCUGCCUGUGUAGAGAGCUGUGAUCAUGACAGAGAAUGCUCCGCCCUGAAGAAAUGCUGCUCUAAUGGCUGUGGCCACACCUGCCAGUCCCCUAAAGAUCUCUACAAGGGUGUUCCUCUGAAGCCAAGAAAGGAGCUCGACUUUGAGGAAGUCUCCACUGGAAAUCUGGAGGUGCGCUGGUCUUCCCGCUUCAAUGUCUCAGCUGAUCCGGUGGUGUACGUCCUGCAGAGGAGGUGGAACUUCGGCAUCCAGCCCAGUGAGGACGCUGCCACCUCUUGGCAGGUGGUUGCUCAGACCACAGAGCAGGGAGUGCGGCUGUCCGACAUCCGGCCGGGUCGCUGGUACCAGUUCAGAGUGGCAGCUGUCAACACCCACGGUACCAGAGGUUUCACCACGCCCAGCAGACACAUCCACUCCCACAGAGACCCAUCCAACCCUCCAGCCCCCACUGAGGUCAAAGUUUCCAACAUGAGCUUUGGACCCGGCAGGGCCGUGUCAGCCAGGAUCAGCUGGAACGUUCCGGAUGACCUCGACGUUCCCAUCCACCACUACAAGGUCAGCUGGAGCUGGACGGCAGGUGGACAUUCCUUCGCUUCAUCUGUGACUAAGAGGAGGAAGCUGGUCAGAGAGAACCAGGUGGAUCUGGACAGCAUGCGCUCUAACAGGAGUUACACUGUAGAAGUCCAAGCUGUGUCCUACUGGGGACAAACUCAGCUGAAAGGUCCACGAGCUGUCCUCCAUUUCAACACACAGCAUGCUAACAGCGCCACUCCUAAAACGCCUACUGGUGACAUCCUGGAUGUUGGAACACCGUUUUACCAGGACGGACAGCUUCGGGUUCACGUUUACUGGCAGAGCAGCACAGACCCUUCAGUUGAAUUCUACAGAGUCCAGUGGGGACCAGAGAAUUGUGGACACAACAAGACCAAACUCAUGGAGAAGACCAGAACUCAGGAGAACUUCAUCAGCCUGCAGGGCUUGCUCUUCUCCUGUAAGUAUAAAGUCCUUCUGCAACCAGUCAGCAAGAAGGGUCGUUCUCUAGCAGAAACCACCACCUUCCUCACUCCUUCCUGUGCUACCAUCCAGGCCAAGAGCCCAAAACCCAUCACAUGUCCUGGAGAAACUGCUGUGUCCUCUCAGAAGGUCCUGGUGAAGGCUGUCAACCUCACAGCAUCCUUCCAGAUCCGGGCCAGUAACGUGUCGGCCAUUUUUAGCUGGGAUUUGUCCAUGAAGGCGCCCAGCCAGCAGCUGACUGGUUACCAGGUGACCUGGAUGGAGGUCGUCCCCACCAGCCGCCACAGUAGCAACAAGCUGCCCCACAGCCUCAUCUCGCAGUCCCAGAUCCUGCCGCCGGAUGCUAAUGUCCUGGUGGUGUCAGGCCUGCACCCUGCCAGUGUGUACCGGCUGGAGGUCCAUGUCAUCACAGCUGAGGGUGAAGGUCCAGCAGCCAGCAGGACCUUCCAAACUCCUGGAUACCAAAGCAUCCCGAAGCAAAGAAUCAGGCUUCAGAAACGUCAUCAAAAUAAGCAGGUCUAAGAGCCCCCGAGUCCCUAAACCCACUGCAGCCUGCAUGAACCGAGCCUCCUGAACUCAUGAUCCGCAGAGCGGCGAUCACCAGUAAGAACUCAUCUGCAAGAUCCAGCAACGAGCAAACGUUUCUGACUCAGUCUGCAGCAUCUUUGGUCUGUUCGUAGCGCAGUCAUUCACUGGUUGUUUCAUGCAAACAGCAGAAAUGUCU